AUGAGGUCAAUGAAGAGCGCGAGGCAGCAAUUAUACUACAAGCACUACGACAGGAAGGUGAGGAAACGACAGAGAGGCAGUCGAUUAGUAGUGCCACCGCCAAAGCCACUCCUAAAGCUACAACCACUACUAAAGCGACCGUUAAAGGAGAUGCUAAGCACACCUCCUCAAGCUACUACGCCUGCUAAGCAAUCUCCUGUUAUUAGCAGUGGCGCUAGCGCUAGCAUAAGCGUCAAUAGUAGUAGUAGUGGCCCACAAGCACAAGAUGGCGAGAUGCCUCUACCAACUGCAGUGCAGGUGGCGCGGCAGCUAUGGCAGUUCCAUGGGUGUACAGAAGAGCAGCACCAGGAGCGAGAGGAGGAGCAUACACAGGCUCAUGAGCAACCUAGCUCCCUACAGCACGCCUGCUGCUCACUACCACAGGUCACCACCCUAUUAGCAGGUACUAACAUAGACGGGAGCCCCUUGAACGCUGUGCCAGAUGUGCUAUGCCAACAUAGGCUUAUAAAGCGUGGAGAGG